AUGCGGAGGACGAGAGCGAAGGCGACGAGAGACGAAAACGAGGAGGAUUUCGAGGACGUGCCGUCAUCUUUCUCGUUUAUGGUUUCGAGCGGUGAUAAUAAUAACAAUAAUAACAACAACAACAACAGACGAAUGAAUAGGAAAGAACGAAGGAGAUUGUUGGGAGAGAGAAAGAAACAGACGAGCGAGAACGAGGAGGAGGAGGACGACAAAGACGACGAAAGCAACAAAGUGAAAGAGAGGAUGAUUGAGAUGACGUGGAGCAGUAGUGAAGAGAAUAAUAGUAAACUCGAACCGAGAGGAGCAGCGGCGGAAAAAACGAUGUUGUCGAGAAGCGACGACGCGACGGCGGAACCGGAAGUUGUUUUAGUAACCACGGAUGACAUGCAACAAGAAGGAUGGGCGUUCACCUUUCCGAAAUCCGUAAACGAGUUAUCGGACACGUACCAGUCCGCGCCGGCGAGGUAUAAGUUGAUGGUCUGUUGCGCGUGUGCGUUUGUAGUGUGUAACAUGGACAAAAUUAACAUGUCGGUGGCGGUGAUUCCUAUGAGUCGGGAGUUUUCGUGGGACACCGCGCAGUCGGGGAUUUUGCAAUCGUCGUUUUUUUACGGCUUUGCGCUGUCGCAAAUUCCAGGCGGGUUUUUAAACACGAAGUUUGGCGGGGCGAGAGUUCUGCCGUUAGGUUUGACGUUUAUUUCGUUGGCGACGUUAGCGAUUCCUUUAGCCGGGGAUAAUUUACCCGCGUUGUUUUUCGCGAGAGCUUUAGUUGGUUUGGGUGAAGGCGUCGUGCCAUCGGCGGUGACGGAUAUCAUCGCCAGAGCUAUGCCGGUUGGUGAGCGGUCGCGAGCGGUGGCGUUUACCUUUAGCGGGUUUAACGUCGGGUCGAUUUUAGGUUUGUCCGUGGCGCCGUUUAUUAUGGAAAAGACGGGGUGGAGGGGUAUGUUUGAUAUUUUCGGUAGUUUUGGCGCUUUGUGGAUCGUGUUAGCGUUAGGUUUGUUUGCCGCAGGUGGGGUCACAACGAAAGCGAUAGACGAAGGGAAGACACCGGUGACGAACUUGUUCGGGAGCAGACAAGAGGCAGACCAAGAACCAGGAAAGCCGAAGGAAGAGAUUACGUUUGAGAACGUGCCGUGGGGGCAAUUCGCGAACUCAGACCCAAUCAAAGCUUUGGCGUUUGUUCAUUUCGUCGGUAACUGGGGUACAUACGUCGUCUUGGCGUGGUUACCAACGUAUUUCACGCAAGAAGUUGGUUUAUCGUUAACGAACGCGUCUUUGUUGACUUUAUUGCCGCCCAUAGCGAACAUCGCGGUUGGAACGUUAGCCGGACCUACCGCAGAUGGACUCAUCCAAAGAGGUACGGAUUUGACGAUAGUACGUAAAGGAUGUCAAUCCGUCGCGUUUGCCGCACCGGCGUUCGCGAUGUUAUUGUCGACGUAUUUUGAAGAUCCAGUGGCGACGGUUAUUUUAUUGACCAUAGGCAUUUCGUUCCAAUCGUUUAGUUACGCCGGUUUGUAUUCCAAUCACCAAGAUUUGAGUCCAAAAUACGCGUCGAUUUUGUUAGGUAUCACGAAUACGUGUGGGGCGUUACCGGGCGUCAUUGGCGUUCCAUUGACUGGAUAUUUAAUUAAAGAAACGCAAGAAUGGGAACUGUCCAUGUUUGGACCGGCGAUUAUUCUUUACUCGUUGGGUAUCGCCGCGUACUGGAAAUGGGGCAGCGGUGAACGUCUCGUGUUCGAAACCAAAGUCAACGUAGAAUGA